UUUACAUGAUAGAUUUUAUUCAUCGAGUACUUCUCUCAUGCGUGUCCUUUACGGUUGUAAUGCCAGGAGAGGUGAAGUGAAGCCUCCUCCGCCUGGUACCAAGGGUCCAACUGUAGUAGUUGGUCGUGGUAUUGACAGAGUAGAUGACUAUUUUACCCAUCCAUGAUCUGUUUCUAUACCCCACAAAAGUAAAAAGAAAGUGAUCCGUUGUGUAAAGGAAAGAAGACAAUGAGAUUUCACUUUGCGUCUGUUCACACUGCUCUACUUGGAUCACAAAAACCCACAAAACCAAACUUCCAAAAUGGGCAUGGACCGUUUGAUCCGUAGGUUCAGGCUUCACCUGCUCGCUUGGCUUCACAAAUCUCGCCAUGUUCUCAUUCUAGGUCCAAUAUUAUUUGUGAGGUACUUUUCUUACAAGGAUAUAAAGAAGGCAACAGAUGGUUUUCACAGAAUCAUUUAUACGGAUUCUCAUAGAACAGCUUAUAAGGCAAAAUUUCAAGAUGGUGGGGUUGCUUUGGUAAAAGAAGUAAGAGGCUUUAAUCAAGGAAAAGAUGUCUUCUACAGAGAGUUGCAACUCCUAGGCCGCUUGCAUCACCGCCACCUUCUUCAACUCAGGGGGUUUUCCACUGGACAAAAAAGGUUGUUAGUUUUUGACAAUGUAGAAAACGGAAGCUUGAAGGAGCAUCUUAGUGAUCCUCUUAAAACUCCCUUAAAUUGGAGGACAAGGCUACAAAUAGCCAUUGGCGUAGCAGCUGCAUUGGAAUAUUUGCUUCUCUUCAGUGACCCGCCAAUGUAUCAUUUCUCCAUUAGCUCAAGUAAUAUCAUGUUAGAUGAAAACUUCACAGCAAAACUAUCUGAAGUCGGCCUUCUUUGUUCUUGUGAAGAUUACCUCACAAUGCCCCAUGCCUCGUGUUCGGAAGAAUGUAUGGCUCAGGAGCGUGGUAACGUUAUACUUCAACUUGGCGUGUUGAUUCUUGAGCUUGUUACUGGUCAGUCUUCAGAAAAGGGAGGUCACGCUGAUCUUAUCCAGUGGAUCCAAGGUUCUCGUUUUGCUAGUUCCAUGCAUAGGAUGAUAGACCCAGAUCUCGGAAAUAACUAUGAUUCCAGGGAGCUUAGAAACCUACUAGCUGUAGCAAAAUUGUGUAUUAAAUCUAGGGAUAAGCCAAUGUUUUCUGUUCUGCAUGUACUUCAUUAUCUCCAGCAGAAGGUGGAUGUUCCGCAUGCAUAAUAUUAGCACUCUUGAAUUAUUCCACAGGAAAUUUCCAUAUUUAUUGUUAAAUGUUUUUAUUUU